AGGAUUGCCUACACUUCUUCAUCUAGAGAUUCUAGAUCAGAAUAAAUAAUUUACACAUGUGAAUGUGAAUUUAUUUGGAUCAUUAUGUUUUCGAAAGAUUUGAAGAAUGAUAAAUUGUGUUUAAAAAUUUAUUAUAUUUAGCAGAUUUUUUAUAUAAAUUUGAUAUAUAAAUUCUAUAUAACCAAAAAAAUGGCAGAAGAUCAGAAACAAAAUAUUGAAGAAAAAACGAAACCAAUAUUUCGCAAUUUGACGGCCGAUGAUCCAGAACCAGAAACGACAGAGAUAGAAAGUCUCUGUAUGAAUUGUGAACAAAAUGGUGUUACCAGAUUAUUGUUAACAAAGAUUCCAUAUUAUAAAGAUAUUGUGGUAAUGUCUUUUGAUUGUGAACAUUGUGGUUUUCAAAAUAAUGAAAUACAAAAUAGUGGAAAAAUUGCAGAAAAAGGAAUUAGAAUAACAUUACAAAUUAAAACUGCAAGAGAUUUGAAUCGUCAAGUGGUUAAGUCAGAUUAUACCUGUAUAAAAAUUCCAUCUUUAGAUUUUGAAAUUCCUUCUAGAUCACAAAAAGGAGAAAUCACAACAAUUGAAGGAAUUAUAGAAAGAACUAUUAAUGGAUUAGAACAAGAUCAACCUGAAAGAAGAAAAAAGUAUGCAACUGCUGCAUUUCAAAUUGAUGAAUUUCUUGAGAAACUAAAAAAACUUAAAUCUUUAGAACAACCUUUCAUUAUGAUAUUUGAAGAUAUAUCAGGUGAAUGUUAUGUAGAAAAUCCAAAAGCUCCAUUAAAAGAUGAAGAAUAUAGUAUAAUACAAUUUAAAAGAACAAAAGAACAAGAUCAUAUUUUAGGAAUUUAUACUGAAAAUUCAGAGGAUACUUUGUUAAAACCCAUAAAGGAAGGAGAAUAUACUUUAGAACAAAUUGAGGGAGAAGUACUUUCUUUUCGAACAAAUUGUCCAGAAUGUAAUUGCCCAUGUGAAACUAAUAUGAAAUUGACCAAUAUUCCACAUUUUAAGGAAGUUGUAAUUAUGGCAACAGUUUGUGAUUCUUGUGGACAUAGAACAAACGAAGUUAAGAGUGGUGGAGGUAUUGAACCCAUGGGAGUGAAAAUAGAAGUAACAAUCAUAGGAAGAGAAGAUUUUAAUCGUGAUUUGUUAAAGUCUGAAACUUGUCAUAUGCAAAUACCAGAAUUGGAAUUAGAAAUUGGUCCUGCUGCUUUAGGUGGACGUUUUACUACUAUAGAAGGCAUUUUAGUAGCUAUUAAAGAACAAUUAUCAUCAUCAACAGCUUUUAGCGGUGAUAGUAGUGAUCCUGAAACUGUUAAACGGAUGGAAAUUUUCAUAUCUCAUUUAAAUGAAGUUUUGGAAGGAAAGCGAAAGAUUACACUUGUAUUAGAUGAUCCAGCGGGUAAUAGUUACAUUCAAAGCCUUUCUAAUGAAGGUUUAGAUAAUGGUUUAAAGAUUAUUAAAUAUGAAAGAAGUUUUGAUCAGAAUGAAGAACUGGGAUUAAACGACAUGAAAGUUGAAGAUUAUUAAUUGACCAUCACAAAAAAUUAUAAAAUAAGGCAAUGUCGAUAAUGUCAAUACAAUGUAUUAUAUUCAAACAUAAAAAAAAAUGUAUUAUAAAUGUACACUAUACCGUGUAAAUACAUAUUUUGCAAUUUUAUUGCAAAAUUUUUUAUUAAAUUCAAAUUUCUACUGUCAUUUCGUAUAUUUAACAACUAAAUUAAAUAAUUAUACAAUCGGUAUAGCAUCGAGUUUUUUUAGUUUUGGUAGUCUUCUAGUUACUUGGCUGCGCCAAGAUUCUACAUCCAUACUUUCACAGAUAGGAUUAUUGAUGAAUAAUAAAUCUUCGAGAAGCGGAAUUUCUUGCAAACGAUUAAAUUCAGCCCAAUCUUUUACCAGAUUAUUCGACAUAUAAAGCACUUUUAAUGCUUUUAGUACAUUUACACCUUUAAUUUUUUCGAUUAGAUUAUAUGAUAUCCACAAUUCUUCUAAGUGUUCUCCAACUGCUUCUAAUCCAGAGAAUGUUUUAAUUUGAUUGCGACCCAAAGAGAGGAUUUUUAAAUUUUUUAAUGCACUGAUACCAGUGAUUUUUUCUAUCAUAUUUGUUGAGAGAGAUAGUUUUCUAGAAAAAUUUUACUUUUAAUAUUUUUACUAAAUAAAUUUUAAAAAUAUUACUAACUCUACAGCAGCAAGUGCUGCUAAAUUAUUAUCCAUUUUUUCAAUCGGCGGCCAUUGAAAGGACAAAAUAAUUUCUUUCUCUUCAUUGGCACUUAGACCUGUUUUUUCUUCCCAUCGCUGAAUAGCUUCCUUACAAGUUGUUGCUUUAAGAGUCUAUGUAAAACUUACAUUAUAAAUUUUUAGAAAAAAA